AUGACUGUCGUUCAGAACGGUCUCCCUGCUACUCACCGCGCUGCGGUUGUCGUGAAGCAGGGUCACGAGCCUCAGUUCGCGGUCCAAGAGCUGCCACUCCCGGCACCCGGCCCCAACGACGUGCUGGUCCGCCUGACUGCUUCGGGCGUGUGCGGCACCGACUUCGCCCUAGCCUCCGGCGAGCUCGGUCCUGCGCGCUCUAUCCUGGGACACGAGGGCAUUGGCCGCGUCGUCAAGCUGGGCUCGUCCCUGUCCGAGAGCCAAGUCCGUCUCGGCCAGCGCGUGGGCGUGGCUUGGCUGCGCGACGUAUGCGGCGAGUGCGCCAUGUGCCUGCACGAGAACGGCGAGACGCGCUGCUACGCCACCGUGCAGUCUGGACGCAAGGUCGACGGAACCUUUGCAGAGUAUACCAUCGUGCCCUUCCGCUACCUGAUGAAGCUGCCUGAGAAGCUCUCUGAUGAACAGAUAGCCCCCAUCCUGUGCGGCGGCCUGACCAUUUACAAGUCUCUCAAGAUAUGCGGCGCUACUCCAGGUACCUUUAUCGCCAUCUCUGGAGCCGGUGGCGGCGUAGGUGCGCUCGGAAUCCAGUACGCAAAGGCCAUGGGGUUUCAUAUCGUUGCGGUCGACGCUGGCGACCAAAAGAGGGAGUAUUGCUUGAAGCUGGGCGCGGAGGCGUAUGUCGACGUUACCAAGGUGUCUGACGCGGCGGCGGCUGUGAAGGAGGCAACGAGAGGUCGUGGAGCAUCGGCAGUUCUUGUGACGGCGGGCAGUGCUGCGGCAUAUCAAUCGUCGCUCGGCAUGUUGGCACCGUUCGGCACUCUAGUUUGCAUCGGCAUCCCUCCUCCCUCGCAGACUAUGAACUUCCACCCGCUCAGCUUUAUUGACCACGGUUAUCGCAUUAUUGGCUCCGCUGUUGGCACGCGAGGUGACGUGCUCGAGGCGUUGGAAUUUGUGGACCGCAAACAGGUCACGCCCACGGUGCAGACGGCCAAGCUAGAGGAUCUCACUGAGAUAGCCAAGAAGAGUGCGUCCGGGCAGGUCACCGGCAAGUACGUUAUCAAGAUGUAG